AUGAACAAAGAGCAAGGAGUAGAUUUUCUCCAGACGCAAAACUGCGUCUUAACAGAAGAUUCAGCUGCAGUGACGUGCGAGAACGGAGGGGAUGCUCAUUUUGGAAAUGAAAACCAAAUAACGUUCGAAAAGAUUAGGAUACUUGGAACUGGCGGCUCUGCACAGGUGGAAGAGUAUGUCGCAAUGAUCAUUUCACCGGUUGCGAAGUGCGAUUUGCUCAAGUUCAUGGAGGAGGUAGCUCCUACUCCGGACUUCUUACGCUUGCUGCGAACAUUCCCUGGUUGUUUGGUAACAGCACUUGAAUACCUACAUCACGAAGGAAUAAGACACAAAGACAUCAAACCCUCCAACAUCCUAGUCAACGGUUGCAACGUAUUGUUCACAGACUUUGGCAUCUCGCGAGACGGUGACAAUACAAGGGCAACAACCUCUGAUAAUCCACGCGUAUUCACACUCCGCUAUUCAGCACCAGAGGCUGCUGAACGAAGUUUCCCAUCAAAUUGGUGGUCUGUUGGCUGCGUCUUCCUUGAGAUCUUCACGAUAGUUCGAGGCGAACCGCUGUCAAAAUUGUGUUCGUUCUUCCAGAACAAUGGUACAAAAAUGAAAGCGUAUUGUCAGAACCAGAAGACAAUCUCUGGUUAG